AUGCUGAGGUUUCUUCUGAUCUUCCCGCUCCUGUGUCUGUGUGGAAUAAGUAUCCGACGUAAGCUUAUAUGCGUUCAGUUCAUGUCAUAUUUGGAGAGAUGGCAAUAAUUUUGAUGAAUUACAGCACCGCGAACUUCACGGACACACCAACUAGGUCCCGUCGAAACGAAUGACUGUUUGCCUCAUACUGUAGAAGUUCAUCACUAUAAUCUCACACUUGACCCCACUUUCGCGUACUACGGUUAUGAAUUUCCUCCAGGUAAAAAUGCACUGUUAUAGACAGAACCUACAAGAGCUUCCAGAUGCGACGCCCAGAUUUUUCAAACGUUUUGCACAUGCAUGAGACAUAGGCCAUAUAAUAUCAAUUCCUGAAAGCUUUAGGUUGCGCUUUACAGUGACAGCCGAGAAAUUGAACGAUUUUUGCGGCCGAGAGAGCACGCAGAAUGCGGAGGACGGUCACAGAUAAAAACAACUUUUGGUCAUACCUUCACUAAUUUUGCGCGGAAAAAAAUUAUUUUUUGUGAAAACAUUACCUUCUACAGUAUAAAUAGUGUUAGACUUUUCAUGCCAAAAUUCGCAAAAGAAUGUCACAGUUUAGCCAACUUUCGAUAAAAAAUCAUUUCUGCAAGCCAGGAGAGCAGCAUAUAUCUUCUGAAAGAGAGAUCUAAAUUUGUGGCGAGUUUCAUCAGAAUCUGUGCGUUGCACUUGAAGUAAAUACUUCCCCUGUACAUGGGAUCCAAAACCAAUCGAUUUAGAAAAGCUGAAUACGUUUACUGGAUCGGUGGAUAUCACAUUCUCCGUGCUAAAUGCAACCAAUCAGAUUGAACUGAACUCUGCUGUCAAUAUCUCGGCUACUCGUUUGUCUGACGACAGUGUCAGUUACACGAUCACAAGCCAAGAAACAACUGCGGGUAACCAUCUGAAGAUAAAUACAAAAGAAACUCUUCCGGUCUCAAAAAACUUUACAUUGUCCUUUAAAUUCAACGGACAUUUGGACAAUAGUUUUCACGCCUUUUAUCAUGUCGACUACGUUGAAAAAGACGGGAAGAAAACGUGAGACUUUUAUCAUCAAAACUUAUGUUGAAACCGGUGAAUUUUAGCGCGUUGGUUGCGACAUUAUUAGAGGAGAUCGACGCUCGAAAAGUUUUCCCAUGCUUUGACGAUCCAUUCUUCAAAUCGACCUUCAAGUUUACGGUAUACCAUCCGAAGGGCUCACAGGCCCUGAGCAAUGGGGAAAUCGAGAGUCAAAGGGAUUUUGGGUAAGAGUCAAUAUUUCAUAUAAUGAAAUUGUGCUGUUUUUAUUUAGCAAACAAACAAUCACAGAGUUCACGACGACGGUGAAGAUGCCGGUGUAUCUGUUUGCUGUUGGAGUGGGUGAUUUUGUUGAGAGUUCGACGAAAUCAAAACGGGGAGUUGUGGUAAGGAUAGGUGACGUCAGAGAUAGUCCUGAAGAGCUGGGUCGCCCUGAGAUGUAGGCUCGUAAGAUAUUGGAAGAGAUUUAGGGAUUGACUUUCAAGACGUCAAACAUGUCUGGCCUCAGUAAUUGAUCCUCACUUGGAAAAAAUUCCCGUGUCUUUUUUUUAUAUUGCCUUUAGGCACAUUUGGAUGAGUGUCGGGUACCUUGCGACGAGACACUUCACUGGCGAAGGGUGUUGUAGCCAAUGAAAAAAUUGCAAGUAGUAAUGUAACGGUAGCAAUUUUUACAACUUCUCAAAGACAGCCCUUGUUUUAUAGUCUAGGUUUUGCUAAGGGCUUAUUUUGAACAUUACGACUUAUUUUCAUGUAGUUCUAAUUUUACGCUUAGGUGUAAAAAUGUAACAAUUAUAAUAUGAAGUUUUUUCAAUCAAAUUUUAAAAUAACUUCACGAAGAAAAAAAUCCACACUUCAUCAAGAAACGGCUUUGUGAGCUUAUCCGCGAAGCGUCUGGCCGCAAGGUGCUCUUUCCCCGAUCUGGAUUACUUCCUUCUAGCAGGUCUUAUCCUGAUCCGGACACGGUAAAGUACAUAGCUUUGAAAACCGUGUAAGCGCAUUUGCAACGCUGGAAAACGCAAAACUUUUUCUUUUCCAGGUUAGAACUUACGCGAAAAAACAAUCAGCUGGAUUUAUUCAAGAGACCGCGGAAGUUGCAGCCAACAUUAUUGACGUCAUGGAAAACCUGACUGGGAUUCCGUAUCCAUUGGAAAAAUUAGGUAAAGUGAGAAAUACACAAAACACAACUACGGUAUAAUAACAUAUAUAAUGAUGGUAUGAUAACAUAUAGAUCACUUGGAUACGAUCAGUAUGGCGGAGGGUGGAGCUAUGGAGAACUUUGGACUCAUUAUUUAUGCCGGUUGCUUAACCGGAUUGAUUGAUGAAGACGCAUCUUCAAAAUACGGGCGGUUGAUACUUGUUGGACAUGAAACUUCACAUCAAUGGCACGUCAUUUCAAAUGACACCAGUAUGAAAUCUUUUUAGGUUCGGAGAUUUGGUCACUGCCAAGCGUUGGGGCCUUGAGUAUCUUCAUGAAUCAUUUGCGACGUUCUUCGAAUCCGAAAUAUUCCGAUUUAUCCCGGAAUUUAAAUACCCUUCUGUAAGAAACAACGAUUUAUUUCGGACAUAUACAUUCAGAUAAUCGGAUUUCUCCAAAAUUAUCGCGAAGCCAAAUCGGUAGCUGAGUAUGAAAACCAUCCCAUUGAAGACAAAAUUAGUCAUUUUGACCGUCAGUUUAAUAUAUACCUUUAAAUAUUACUCCUAAAGUUAUAGCAUUCCUAAAUGCUUUUCAGAUACGACCUAUGACGUUGGAGGAGCCUUACUGGCUUCGGUAAAGCAUUUGGUGUCCGAAGAAGUCUUUUACGACGCCUUGCACAUCUAUCUGAAUGAGAAUAGCUUUGGAAACGCGGACACUGAAUUAUUGGCGGCGGCGUUUGACGAGGUAAUUUUGUGGACAGCGUGAAAGCACAACAAGACUUAUUUCAGUCUUAACUCGCGUUCUGUUGAGAUCACAAAGACUCUUAAGGGCUCUCGGAAAGUGUCAGGAAUUUUAGACAGUACUGGGAAACCUUCAAAAUUUUUGAUUUAAUUUCAGGCGCUCAAGAAGACUCAAGGCCUUGGUUUCAACUUCUCCGAAGAGUACUUGAAACCCUACUUGAGACAAAUAGGAAUUCCCACAGUAGAAAUUAGCCUAAACGAUCAAAAUCAAUACGUCAUCAAGCAAAUUCCAUUCCAAGACCAAACCACUUGGCUUGUCCCAUUAUUCAUCUACAACUUGGACAAGCUUGAAGAGAGCAGAUUAGAUGUCCGAAACGACCCGGUUAUUAUGAACUCAACUGACAUCCUACUCUUCAACAGUAAUUUUAAAACCUUUGCCAGCGUCAAUUUGGACGACAAGGUCAAGCAAAGAGCCGCUGCGCAUAAAAACGCGGCCAAACUUUUGCCCGAAAAUCAACUUUUGUACCUUAAAGAAUACGAUGAGUCUGGCUUCGCAGGCAUUGUAAAAGGAAAUGACGGCAAAGUUGAGCCGCUACUCGUUGAUUAUCUGCUUAAUCUGGUAUGUCUUUUGCUUUCUAGACCGCAGGGACUCUGUUAUUAAUAAGGCCUUGACUUUUAGGGCGACAAAGAGUUGUUGGAAUUGAUCAGCAAAAAGUUUGAUUUCAAACCAACGCCGGAGAACAGGUAACUUUUUUAUCAGCAGAAAAAAUGGCCAAGGUUUUUCAACGUAACAUUCACAAGCCGUGAAAGUCGUUUGUUGGAUGUAAAUUGCCACAAAUCGGACAAAAAAGUUUUUUUUAUUAUUCAAAAUUUCUCAAUUCUGAUUCAGCCCCACCUUUGAUUAUCCGUUCUUCAGAUUCAUCGCUCCUUCUCUUCUACAACAGGCUGUACAAAACGGAGUCGAAAGUGUGGUCGAUACAACUCAACACUUAUUCGAUCAAUUCGUCAAAGACUGCGGACCCGAAAAAGACGUCGUGCACUGUACCAGUUUGCCUCCGGAGUUUCGUGUUGGCAUCUAUUCUCAAGGAAUCAAAAAAGGAGACGGCAAGAAAUUCUUGAGCGAAUAUCGGACAAGAGUUGAACAACAUCCGCAGGGCGACUUCUUAUCUCCCGAAAUUGACCGGUUGAGACAAGUUUUGGGUGGCUAG